AUCUUGGUACAAUUACCCAAGAAUGUACAAAAGAAGCAAUGGCCGACAGUCCUUCAAAACUUGCCAAAGAUACUUUAUCCCUUGACACUUCUGCUGAAGCCAAUCUUUCAGUUUGUUAUGCUCCUUUGGUUUCUUUGCAUUAAAGUUCCUCGCCCUGAUGUUUUUAUGGUGCAGGUGAGUUCUUAGAGUUUCAUUAGAGAGGUUUGAGAAGCAUUACGCGAAAAAGGCAAAUGGUUUGUUGUGUGUAACAAGGGCAAUGAAACAAGUAUUUGCUGAUUAGGUCGUUCAUAUGUUUGGUUGUGGACUACCUGUAUGUGCUGUUUCCUAUUCAUGCAUUCAAGAAUUUGAUAAAGUUGAGAAAAAUGACUACUCUUUUCAUCACUAUCAGAGCUUGCCAAUGAGUUAUUGAUGCUCCUCAAGGGAUUUCCUGAUAAAUGUAAUGCUCUGAAGUCUCUAAGAAAUGGUGCAUUGGUAAUGAGCCCCUCAGCUGGGUGGGAUACUGAGAGGGAAGAACAUGCUAAGCCAUUGAUAUCUGAGGGGCUAUUGGAUGGGGGAUAGCCCCCAAUAUCAGGGGGCCCACCCGCAUCCAAUGGUUAUGUUAUGCAGUCCGGACUGCACAACACUUUUUUGUUUUAUAAUAUAAUUCUAGGACUGAGGCUGGGUGUAAUUUGGUGAACUUCUGGUUUAAUGAAUGUAGGGGUAUAAAUACUAGCAGAAAACACCCUAGAACUUAUUGGGUCACAUAUUCUUACUGAGUGGUGAGGCUGGUUGUAAUUGGGAACUCCUAUCGGAGUGAGAAGAGUGAUUAGACAAACCUAUUGUAAUUGUUCUUGAUUAUAGUGGUUUUGAGACAUUAGCACAAUUCAGGGGAACCACACUGGUAAUUAAGAACUAUAAGUGUUAAUUGUUGAGUUAUUCCUCUCUUAGGUUGGCUUAUGGAUCGCAAUGCAAAAUAAAAUCUAUUGCUUAAGAAUGAAGAAAAUAAAAUCCUGAUCAUUAAAAGUGCCUAAACUGGUUGCCUACAAUUUCAUAUGCGACUUGUAAAUUUGGAGCUACUGAAAUCAAAAUUCAAGAGUGCCAACACUGUGUUUGGUGUCUCAAGACUUCUUCUGGGAGGUUUUAGCCUGUGUUUUUCUAAUGAACUAGUGGUUUUUUACUUUGAGGUUUUUCAAUUAAAAAUUAAUUCAUGCUUUAUUUUUCUGAACUUGAAGGGAAAUUAGGGUAAUAGUUUAUUUUCCCAGACAUAAAAUUAGAAUUGUAGCUAAGAGGCUUGAAAUGAAAUAUAAGAUAGUAAUCCAUGUCUGAGUGGAAAUUAAAUCAGAUCAGAUAGUUGUUUUGAACCUUUCAUUGGGGAGUAAGAAUUCACUGGGAAGGAGAAGUUUCUUUGAUAUUUCCUCUCUCUUUUCUCAUUUCUUUGUGUCCUCUUUUACAGCUAUCUGAAGAAAAUGAAUGGGAUGUUUCCAC